GUGCUGGGGACGCUGCUGCAGGAGUACGGGCUGCUGCAGCGGCGGCUGGAGAACGUGGAGAACCUGCUGCGCAACCGGAACUUCUGGAUCCUGCGGCUGCCUCCGGGGAGCAAGGGCGAGGUCCCCAAGGAGUGGGGCAAGCUGGAGGAGUGGCAGAAGGAGCUGUACAAGCACGUGAUGCGGGGCAACUACGAGACGCUGGUCUCCCUGGACUACGCCAUCUCCAAGCCAGAGGUCCUCUCUCAGAUCGAACAGGGGAAGGAGCCUUGCACCUGGCGUCGCGCUGCUACCAAGAUCCCAGAUGCUCCUGUGGACCCAAGUCCAGGGUCAGGGCCGCCAGUUCCUGCCCCCGACCUCCUGAUGCAGAUCAAGCAGGAAGGGGAGCUGCAGCUGCAGGAGCAGCAGGCACUGGGCGUGGAGGCCUGGGCCGCCGGGCAACCAGACGUGGGAGAGGAGCCCUGGGGCCUCAGCCAGCUGGACUCGGGAGCAGGAGACAUCUCCACAGAUGCCACCUCUGGCGUCCAUUCCAAUUUUUCAACCACCAUCCCACCCACUUCCUGGCAGGCAGAGCUCCCGCCCCACCACCCGUCCUCAGCAUGCUCAGACGGAACCCUGAAGCUCAACACGGCAGCCUCCACAGAAGAUGUAAAAAUCGUGAUCAAAACAGAAGUCCAGGAAGAGGAGGUGGUGGCCACGCCUGUGCAUCCCACAGACCUGGAGGCGCACGGGACCCUGUUUGCGCCCGGCCAGGCUGCAAGAUUUUUCCCCAGCCCUGUCCAGGAGGGGGCGUGGGAGAGCCAGGGCAGCUCCUUCCCCAGUCAGGACCCGGUGCUGGGGCUGCGCGAGCCGGCCCGGCCAGAGAGGGACCUGGGCGACCUCAGCCCUGCCGUGGCCCAGGAGGAGACACCCCCUGCUGGGGACUGGCUCUUCGGUGGGGUCCGGUGGGGCUGGAACUUCCGCUGUAAGCCUCCAGUGGGCCUGAACCCAAGGACCGGGCCCGAGGGGUUGCCCUUCUCCUCGCCGGACAGCGGGGAGGGCAUCCUGGACCCCAGCCAGGCCCCAAGGCCCUUUCCUGAGCCCUGCAAAUAUCCAGGCCGGACCAAAGGCUUCGGCCACAAGCCGGGGCUGAAGAAGCACCCAGCAGCACCGCCCGGGGGCCGGCCCUUCACCUGCGCCACGUGCGGGAAGAGUUUCCAGCUGCAGGUGAGCCUGAGUGCACACCAGCGCAGCUGCGGGCCGCCCGACGGUGCGGGCACUGGUGCGGCCCCCGCAGUGGCCACGGCCACAGGGGGCGGCGGCGGCGUGGGUGGCAGCGGAAGCAGCAGCAGCGCUCGGGACAGCAGCGCCCUGCGGUGCGGAGAGUGCGGCCGCUGCUUCACCAGGCCCGCGCACCUCAUCCGCCACCGUAUGCUGCACACGGGCGAGCGGCCCUUCCCCUGCACCGAGUGCGAGAAGCGCUUCACCGAGCGCUCCAAGCUCAUCGACCACUACCGCACGCACACGGGCGUGCGGCCCUUCACCUGCACCGUGUGUGGCAAGAGCUUCAUCCGCAAGGACCACCUGCGCAAGCACCAGCGCAACCACGCCGCGGGCGCCAAGACGCCGGCCCGCGGGCAGCCCCUGCCCCCCGUGCCGGCUGCACCCCCCGACCCCUUCAAGAGCCCUGCCGCCAAGGCACCCCUGGCCCCCACAGACCUCGUGACCGACUGGACUUGUGGCCUAAGCGUGCUGGGACCCGCGGAUGGAGGGGACCUGUGAGCCUCACCCCCGGCCCCUGCUGGCUGCAGAUGUGCAGAGCCAGCGUGCAGACAGCACGUGGCUUUGAAGGCGCGGAGGCAGAAAGGGAGAGAACCAAACGUCCACAUUGCGGAGCUGAUCACUGGAAAAAGAGAACUCAGACAGUACGCUUCCAUCCCCGAAGCAGGAUUCUCUGAAACUGAACACCAUGGUAGAAUUUAAGUAAUUUAAUUGCAUACCCGGUUUUUUUGUUCUUUUAAUUCUUGAGGAAAAGGCUAGAAAAGAGUAGCAGCAGCAGCUGAAGUUCUGUAGUGUGCCUCUGGUUUCCAGGGUGUGUGCUCCCUGUCUGUGGCGUCUCAUGGUGAGUGUGGGGGACAGGAGGUAAGGGGGCCCUGGGCACCCCGCCGCGCUGACUCCAAAGGACGGUGCCUAGAACACAGCCCCAUGGGAACUAAGUGUCCACUGUGUUCCCACGCCGGUCCAGUCCUGCAGGCGGGACCCACCUAGGAGCAGCCAUUGCAGGGUCAGCUGUCCCCAGAACCUUGGCCUGACUGCUCCCGCGUUGGGGCCAUCUGCGGCACCCGCGCCCAGGAGCCUGAAGGUGCCUCGGGGCCCCCGUGGCCUUGUAGCAUUAGGUCUGGCAGGUAAGGAAGCUGGGGCUGUCUGGGUUCCGUAGCGCCAGGGACACAGUCCACUGGCCCACGCCCCAGUGCUUCUGCGUGCUGCCGUUUGUCGUGCUCUCACGCUCACAGUGCGUCCCGUCCACGCUGCAUCUCCUUUGCUCAGUGCCGUGACUGGGAAGCAGAGGACGGGUCUCCUCGGGAUGGCGAGGUGAGGGCUCCAAGUGGACACAGCUCAGCCUCGCCCAGGCGCGGCGUGUACCAGGAGCCGAGAGAGCAGCUUGGGACUGGGCUGCUCCUCCAGAACAUCAGCUUAGGGGAGAAAAGCUUUCAGGCUUUGCUUCUGAAAGCAUUUGUCCUGCCCCGCGAGUGUGACGAUCGGGCCCCAGAGGAACUUGCGAGUGCACAGCUCCGGGGCGGACAGUGGCCGCCUGGUGUGCGUGGCGUCCUGAGGCCGGUCAUAGGUAAGUAGCUCGCUGCGACCUCUUCGAGUAUCUGCGAGGUGGAAUUAGGCUGGGGCCCGGGUUUCUUGUCCACCACAGUGCUGCCCCGCCACACACACACAUCCAUUCGCAUUCUGUUGAAGUAGCCACCGGUCCUCCUGUCGCCCUGCGGCCGGAGAGACCGUGGUGCCCAUUCAUCCAGCUCCCUCCUGCGUACUUUUAUUAGGAAUAGACUAGUUAAGCAAACUGUUUCUAUGUACUGUAUAUUUUGUACCUGUUUACACUUCUAAUAUUGAUAUAACUGAUAUUUUGAAAAACAAAUGAACAGAAAACAUCCUGUUAAAAUAAAACCUAACCAGCACCCAAGGCAAUUUGGUGGGUCCCAUUCUUA